AUGGAAUUGGACUCUUACAACGAGCGCAAAGCUUUCGACGAGACCAAGGCAGGGGUUAAAGGUCUAGUAGAUGCUCACAUCACUGAGGUUCCUCGUAUCUUCCGUCUCCCACAAGGUACCUUAUCCGACAAGAAACCCUCUGUUUCUGCCUCCGCGAUCCCUAUUAUCGACUUUGCAGACGUUCAUGUGUCACGAGAAGGCACUGUCAAGAAGGUCAAAGAGGCAGCGGAGAAGUGGGGAUUCUUCCAGGUGAUCAAUCAUGGCGUUCCUUUAAGCGUUAUUGAAGAGAUCCAAGGUGGAGUUCGUAGUUUUUUUGAGCAAGAUCUUGAAGUCAAGAAAUCUUACUUCACGCGUGACGUCACCAAGAGUUUUGUCUACAAUAGUAAUUUUGAUCUGUACAAUUCUUCUUCUUUAUGUGUUAACUGGAGAGAUACCUUCGUUUGUUGUAUGGCUCCUGAUCCUCCAAAUCCUGAAGACCUCCCAUUGGCUUGCAGGGAUGCAAUAAUUGAGUACUCGAAGCAUAUGAUGACCUUAGGUGGUUUUCUCUUUGAGCUUCUCUCAGAAGCUCUUGGUUUACACUCGGAGAUUCUUAAAAGCAUGGAUUGCAUGAAGGGUUUGUCAGUGCUCGGCCAUUAUUAUCCUCAUUGUCCACAACCCGACCUAACUUUGGGCACAAGUAAUCAUUCCGACACCUCCUUCAUCACCAUUCUUCUUCAGGAUCAAAUCGGUGGUCUUCAGAUUCUUCAUAACGACUGUUGGCUCGAUGUUUCUCCUCUUCCAGGAGCGCUCGUCAUCAACAUUGGAGAUUUCUUACAGCUAAUAACGAAUGACAAGUUCAUCAGCGUGGAGCAUAGGGUGCUUGCGAACAGAGCUGGACCGAGGAUAUCUGUAGCGAGCUUUUUCACCACAAAUAUGCUUCCGAAUUCAACGGUUUACGGACCAAUCAAAGAGCUUCUGUCUGAAGAAAACCCUUCAAAAUACAGAGACUUCACUUUGGAAGAAUACUCGAAGGGAUAUUUUGAGAAAGGCCUCGAUGGAAAUUCGCAUCUAUCCAGGUUCAAGAUAUGA